AUGCACAUCACAUAUGACCCCCGGGCCAAGGGCUUUUACCUCUCCACCUACGGGACUUCAGGGGGAUUCAACAACACGUAUGACAAGUUUGGGCAGACGAGGAGGCGAGGCAACGUGACAGUGGGCGCAGGGCUGAUAGUGGCAGCGUCAACCACGGACGACCCCACCCAGGACUGGAACCUCUUCUUCAUCCCCGGCUCGUACGCUCGGCCCCUUCGCUCACCCUUUCUCACAUUCCUCACCUUCCAUUCUCACCCAGGACUGGAACCAUCCCACCUCUCUCCCCCCGACAUUUCCCCUCCCUCCAUCCUCACCCCCUCCAUCCUCACUCCCUCCAUCCUCACCCCCUCCAUCCUCACUCCCUCCAUCCUCACCCCCUCCAUCCUCACCCCCUCCAUCCUCACUCCCUCCAUCCUCACCCCCUCCAUCCUCACUCCCUCCAUCCUCACUCCCUCCAUCCUCACUCCCUCCAUCCUCACUCCCUCCAUCCUCACUCCCUCCAUCCUCACUCCCUCCAUCCUCACUCCCUCCAUCCUCACUCCCUCCAUCCUCACUCCCUCCAUCCUCACCCCCUCCGUCCUCACUCCCUCCUUCCUCACUCCCUCCAUCCUCACUCCCUCCAUCCUCACUCCCUCACUCCCUCCAUCCUCACUCCCUCCAUCCUCACUCCCUCCAUCCUCACUCCCUCCAUCCUCACUCCCUCCAUCCUCACUCCCUCCAUCCUCACCCCCUCCAUCCUCACUCCCUCCAUCCUCACCCCCUCCGUCCUCACUCCCUCCCUCCAUCCUCACCCCCUCCGUCCUCACUCCCUCCCUCCGUCCUCACCCCCCCUCCCUCCUCCCCCAGCAAUGA